AUGAUUAAUUUUAUGGGAUUGUUCCACACAUUUGUUUUGGUUUGCCAAUUCAUCAUUCUUCAACCCUUUGUUUCUGCUUCAGGAAAUGCUGCUGAUUUGUUUGAGAAAGCAUCCCAAAGUAUAAAAGGGGGACAUUAUACUGAGGCACUCAAUGAUCUAAAUUCUGCAAUUGAAGCAGAUCCAAACCUUUCAAAAGCAUACCAUUACCGUGCUACAGUUCUUCGCCAGUUAUGCAGAUAUGAGCAAUCUGAAAGGAGCUACAAAAAGUUUCUGGAGUUAAAACCCGGACAUUCAGCUGCAGAAAAGGAGCUCUCUCAGCUAUUGCAAGCUCAAAGUGCGUUAGAAACCGCUCAGUCCCUCUACGAGUCAGGAAACUUCACAAAAUCUUUGGAAUACAUUGAGAAAGUUGUUCUUGUUUUCUCUCCAGCAUGCACUAAGGCUAAGCUUCUUAAGGCGAGGUUGUUGAUAGCUGAUAAAGACUAUGAUGGUGCCAUUGCCGAGUCUGGUUUUCUUCUCAAGGAAGAUGAAAACAAUUUGGAGGCAUUGUUGUUACGUGGUCGUGGAUAUUACUAUUUAGCUGAUCAUGAUGUUGCCACAAGGCAUUACCAGAAAGGUCUUCGCCUAGAUCCCGAGCAUAGCGAACUGAAAAAAGCAUACUUUGGGUUGAAAAAUCUACUCAAAAAGAGUAAAAGUGCUGAAGAUAAUGCGAGUAAGGGCAAGCUACGGGUGGCAGUAGAGGAAUUCAAGAGUGCACUUGCUGUUGACCCUGACCAUCGUGCGCAUAAUGUAAAUCUUCACCUUGGCUUAUGUAAAGUGCUAGUAAGACUUGGCAGAGGAAAAGACGCCUUGAACAGUUGUAGUGAAGCUCUUCAUAUCAAUGAGGAGCUUAUUGACGCUCUUGUUCAGAGAGGGGAAGCUAAACUCUUGACGGAGGACUGGGAGGGAGCUGUGGAAGAUCUGAAAUCAGCUGCUCAAAAGUCUCCUCAGGAUAUGAAUAUCCGUGAAGCAUUAAUGAGGGCUGAGAAAGCUUUAAAGAUAAGCAAACGCAAGGAUUACUACAAAAUUUUGGGAAUUUCAAAACAUGCUUCUGCCGCCGACAUAAAACGGGCAUACAAGAAACUUGCCUUACAAUGGCACCCAGAUAAGAAUGUCGACAAUAGAGAAGAAGCAGAGGCUAAAUUCCGAGAAAUUGCCGCUGCAUACGAGGUUCUAAGUGAUGAAGACAAGCGCACAAGAUACGACAGAGGGGAGGACCUUGAAGAAUCAGGAAUGGGAGGCGGCGGUGGUGGCGGUUUCAACCCCUUCGGUGGUGGUGGACAGCAAUUUCACUUUACGUUUGACGGCGGCUUCCCUGGUGGAGGAUUUCCCGGCGGCGGCGGCGGUUAUGAAUUUCAUUUUUGA